AGCUUCUAGGGAUUGAUCCUGGAACAUUUCGUCAUGCUGAAUUAGAGCAACAAGAUCACGAACGUGUGGAUAAGGCAGAAUUCAAGGCCCAGGAAGAAAACAAAAAGAAAAGAAAAAUCAGGCGAGCACGAAAGAAGAAGAAUGCGGACAAAUGUUCCCAGAAAGAGG